AUGCCAAGACCCAAUUUCACAGCUGUGGCAGAGUUUACCUUUGAAGGCUUUUCCAUUUUUUGGUGGCAGCACAGACACAUCCUCUUUGUGGUCUUUUUGGUCUUGUACCUGUUGACUCUUGCCAGCAAUGCUAUCAUCUUGACAGUUAUCCACUUCAACCGUCAACUUCACACACUGAUGUACUUCUUCCUGAGUGCGCUGUCCAUUUCUGAGACCUGUUACACAGUGGCCAUCAUUCCCUGGAUGCUGUCCGGUCUCCUCAAUCCCCAAUGAGCCAUCUCCAUUCCAGACUGUGCCACUCAACUCUUCUUCUAUCUCACUUUUGGUGUCAACAACUGCUUUUUGCUGACAGCCAUGGGGUAUGACCGCUAUGUGGCCAUCUGUAACCCCCUACGGUAUCCAGUCAUCUUGGGCAAAAAGACUUGUAUACAGUUGGCAAGUGGAUCCUGGAUCAUUGGCCUGAGCACAGCCAUCAUUCAAGUGUCUUCUGUGUUCAGCCUGCCAAUGAAGAGAGGAAACCACACUCUCACCACUGAGUUUGUUUUCCAAGGUUUCACCAGCUUCCAUGAGCACCAGCUCACUCUUUUUGUGGUGUUCCUUGCACUGUACAUCUUGACCCUGGCAGGUAAUACAAUCAUUGUGACCAUUAUCCGUAUUGAUCGUCAUCUCCACACCCCCAUGUACUUCUUCCUCAGCAUGCUGUCCACUUCAGAGACUGUAUAUACAUUAGUCAUUCUCCCAAGGAUGCUGUCCAGCCUCAUGGGCAUGAGUCAGUCCAUCUCACUAGCAGGCUGUGCCACACAGAUGUUCUUUUUCGUAACCUUUGGGAUCACCAACUGCUUCCUGCUCACAGCAAUGGGGUAUGACCGCUACGUGGCCUUCUGCAACCCCCUGAGAUACACAGUCAUCAUGAACAAGAGGGUGUGUGUCCAGCUGGUGGGGGGCGCCUGCAGCAUUGGGCUGAUUGUGGCCAUGACACAGGUGUCAGCUGUGUUUAGGCUGCCCUUCUGUACCACAAAGGUGGCCCACUUCUUCUGUGACAUCCGGCCUGUGAUGAAGCUCUCCUGCAUUGACACCACUGUCAAUGAGAUCCUGACUCUGAUCAUCAGCGUUUUGGUGCUCGUUGUGCCUAUGGGUCUGGUCUUCAUCUCCUAUGUCCUCAUCAUCUCCACCAUCCUCAAGAUCGCCUCAGCCGAGGGCCGGAAGAAGGCCUUUGCUAACUGUGCCUCCCACCUCACUGUGGUCAUUGUCCACUACGGCUGUGCCUCCACUGCCUACCUCAAGCCCAAGUCAGAAAACACCAGAGAUCAGGACCAGCUGAUCUCAGUGACCUACACUGUCAUUACCCCGCUACUGAACCCUGUGGUGUACACCCUGAGGAAUAAAGAGGUCAAGGACGCUCUGCUUCGGGCCGUUGGCAGGAAGCUUUCCUGA